GACAAGCUGCACUUCUAGCUCAGCAAAAAUAAAAGCUUCCCGCCGUGUGCAAGCAUUGCACCACAACAACAUGGUGAUGUACACGUCGGCACCGGCAGACCCGGAGGCGGUAUUUGAAGAGAAGACGGUGGUGGUGGUGGAGAAGAGGUCGUUUGCAGGAUGGAUCUGGAAGCUCUCCGCGGGCCUCCUGGUGGCCACACUCUGCUUAGGCCUGGUCCUGCUGUUCGCCUGGUACUGGCACGGAAGACCCGACACCACGGUGUCUCCAGGUCCGACUCAGGCACUCGUGGCGGAACCAGGGAAUGACGCAGACCAUUCCGACACACUGCUAAGAAUCAGCAGCAAAGCCAAGGCAGCCAUUCAUUUAGAAGGGGUGCACACUGAAACUCCGAGUUUGACGGAGCAGCUGGAGUGGAGGAACGGUCAGGGUCAGGCCUUCGCUCAGGGCGGCCUGUGCCUGCUCAACAACCAGAUCGUCAUUCCGCACACGGGCCUUUACUUUGUCUACAGCCAGGCGUCCUUCCGCGUGUCCUGCGGUGCCGAGGAGGCCGGGGAAGAGCAAAGGGGGAGGAAGCGCCUCACGCCCCUCAGCCACAGGAUCUGGCGCUACUCCGACUCGGUGGGGCGCAAGGCGUCUCUGAUGAGCGCGGUGAGGUCGGCGUGCCAGCAAGGGGACUCGGCGGAGGACGAUGCCCGCGCCGCGCAGGGCUGGUACAACGCUUUGUACCUGGGCGCCGUCUUCCAGCUCAACAAGGGCGACCGGCUGUGGACGGAAACCAAUCAGCUGUCGGAGCUGGAGACGGACGGCGGCAAAACGUUCUUUGGCGUGUUUGCACUUUGACCCACUUGUGUGUGGCCCCCCCUCAGAGAACUAGUCCCCUAACAAAACUCUAAUUAAGGAACUAAAUACCAGUUACUUUUGCUUUAAAAAAUCAUUUAUCGCUGCUUAUCCUAUUAAUGGUCACAGGUGAGCUGGAGUCUAUUUCAGCUGACUUGACGAAAGGCGUGGCCUAGCCUGGACUGGUCGCCAGUAUACACAUGUCACACGGAUCAGUAAGUGUGGCUGUGCGAUAGUAUGUUGUGUGAACCUCAUUUUCCGAUACCUUAAGAGCUGCUGAGUUGACAGCUUGCACUGGCUGACCCACCUCGCCGUAAAUGGGAAUUUGUGGUCGCUGGUUCGAGCCAGCAUUGACAUUGUUACAUAUAUAUAUAUAUAUAUUUGUGUUUAUAUAUUUAUUUGUUUGUUCAUAUUCCCAAGCGGUGCAUGUUUAUUCAUCGAUGCAAUGAUGAAGGAAUGUUUAAAUCUCCAUUGAGAUUAACUUUAGCAUCUUUACAAACUGUAACAGUUUACAUUACACUGACUACUGCUGUCUAUUUAUUUGUAUUUAUUUGUAUUGGAAGUGUCGGGGCAUGGUCCUAAUAAUGGAGAGUAAAGUUUGAACAUGACAACUACGACGAAUUGCGUGGCGGUGUCAUAAAUAAACAUGCACUCAUUCAAGGAGGGGGAAGUUGUCAAACAGCUCCAGCCGGCCAUGCAGUCCAAAAUCACUGCACAGGCGACAAAUAUUCCCUUGUGUGAGGUCAACACUGGGAAUUUCCUCCAUA